AUACCUAAAAUAACAAGUAAAGCCGUAUCAAAACCCAAGUAUCACUAGUAUGAUUAAGCCUGACUUUUGCUCCCAGAUAGCGCCACAGUCACUCGACAAACUCCGUGACCGGUGGUCGUUCAGCAUGUGGUAUUUUUGGCUUGGCGCAUUCUUCGUGUUACUCAAGAUCUACAAUAGAUUGUCUUCGGGAAUAUGUUACUCCGACACAGUUAUGAUGGGGAAAGUGGUGAUCGUUACGGGUGCGAACAGUGGUAUAGGGUUCCAAACGGCUAUGGAGAUAGCUAAGAGAGGGGCUAAGGUGAUAUUAGCGUGUAGGGAUGAUGUUAAAGGGAAGCGUGCUGAGGCAUCAAUAAAGAAGGUUACGAAGAAUAAUCUAGUUAGAUAUGAAUAUUUGGAUUUAAGCUCGCUAGCUUCUAUAAGAAAGUUCGUGGAUGAGUUUAAACAGAAAGAGGCUAAAUUGGAUGUUUUGAUUAACAACGCCGGCGCUAGCGGUAUGGGUGGAAAGAAAACUGCGGAUGGUAUAGUGAGAGAUAUGCAGGUGAAUCAUUUCGGGCCGUUUCUGCUAACGAUUCUUCUCGUGCCGUGGCUGAAAAAGGGUGCUCCUGGCAGGAUCGUCAACGUAUCAUCUUACUUCCAUAGAUUCGGGACGAUAGAGGAUAUAAAUGAAGAAGGAAGGUAUAGUUUCUACAGGAUUUACGCUAACAGUAAAUUAUGUAAUAUAUUAUUCAGCAAUGAGUUAGCUAGAAGAUUGGAAGAUACCGACGUAGUGGUGAACAGUUUGAACCCGGGGCAGGUUAAUACAUCAUUUUAUAAGAAUGCAAAGUUCUUGGAGAAGUUGAGAAGUAUGGUGCUCUUCACGUUUUUCAAGAGCCCCUGGGAAGGUGCGCAGACGAGUAUUUUUCUGGCGAUUUCUGACGACUGUGAUUUCAUGACGGGGAAGUACUUCAUGGAUUGUGAGGAGAGUAAGAUGUCGUUCAAGGCCACGGAUGAGGAGGAUGCCAUGAGGCUGUGGAGGAUGUCUGAGGAACUAGUCAAUCUGAAGCCGGAGGAAGCUAUUUGAGUUAGGCUUUGUGAUUUUGAGAAAAAUAAC